UUAUGUACUCUGUGGUGUUAUUGUAACUAUUUCCCAUAUUGUUAUUUAAUUUAUUUUUAUAUAAUUAAUUAAAACUUCUUUGAUACGUUUUAUAUAAAGUUUUAAAAUAAAUUAUUAUUCAAUAUAGGAAACCAUGGAAGUGCUAUAUCACCAAACAAGUCAACUUAUUCAAGAAGCAUCGGAUUUGUUUCAAAAGUUAGAAAAGGACCCAGGACAUAGUUACGAAAUAGAAAAUGAAAUUCAAUCGAAAAUCAAUUCAAUAACUUCAAAUUGUGAAAAGUUGGAUAUUUAUGUGUAUAAAACACCAGUUAACCAAAGACCUAUGGCAAAGAUGAGGGUGGAUCAAUUAAAAUAUGACAACAAACAUAUUCAGGCUUCAUUAACAAAUUCACAAAGUAAGCGUAUGAGACGUGAACAAGAACGCUUAGAUAGAGAACAACUCUUAAAUCGAAGAUUUGGGCAUGAUCACACAGAGAUCACUGUAGACUACUUGGCACAGGAACAGAAUUCAUUGCAAAAUUCACAUAGAAAUGUGGAUGAAAUGAUACACACAGGAUCGAACAUAUUAGACACACUAAGGACCAACAGGGAAACAUUGAAGGGCGCUCACAGAAGACUAAUAGAUUUGGCCAACACGUUAGGGUUAUCGAAUGCCACUAUUUCUCUGAUAGAAAGAAGAGUAUCACAAGACAAAUAUAUCCUGUUUGGUGGAAUGUUCCUCACAUUGACAGUCAUUGUGAUUGUUAUCAUAUAUCUUACGUAAUUAACAAUCAUUACUAGUUUUAUAUUACAUUUCCAGAAAUAAUGCAAUAUUUAAUUCUGCAUAAAGUGUAGAUAUGAAUCUAGCCACCUUUGCCUACAGAUCAUUCAUAGGUUACUCGUUCUU